CCCUACUGAUAUUAAUUGGCAAGAUGGAAAAAUAUCUCUUUAAUAGCAGCUGCACUAUUGCAAUUUUUCAGCUUUAGUAACAAUGGACUUCAAGCAGAAUAAGCUUGCAUUUAAACAACAAGUUAUGAACACGGAAGAACAGCAAGAUGUCUUUUGGAGGAGCUAAUCUUAAAUCAACUCAGAGAUUGAAAAAAUGCUCUUUGGAUCAAAUAUUACAGAAGAAUCCUGUAGUGGAAUUCAGAGAAACACCAAUUUUUAUGCUAUGGAAUCUAUUUAAGAAAAAAAAAUGUCAACGGAUCAGCAAGAGAAACUUGUAUCUUAUAAUGGGGAACUCCUUCUUUUCCAACUAUCAAAAGGGAAGAACACACAGAGUGAUGAUACCAUAAUUACUACAUUGCAUGUUAAAAGGAUGAUAUUUGACAAUGGCACUAAAUUGUUUAAUGAGAUGUCUAAUGGAUCAUUUUGCAUAUGUGGGGAAGGUAUUGAGAUUAUUUACUGCAGUAAUGCAUCUGACUUCAGAACUGGAAUUCUUCACCCUUGCAUUCUCUUGAAAAAGAAAACAAAGAAAAAAAUUAAAUAUAUGUUGUUGUUGCUUCAUACCUUUAACAAAUUUGAACUGGUUCUGCACUUUAAACUAGACUAUGCAAUCAAAGAACCUGUAAAAUUAUUGGCUGGUCCAACAAUAAUAUGGUAUAAUGAAAGACACCUGUUACAUAUUUCUCCCCAAACUGGCACUGUUUUAUGUGCUCCUAUUCAGUUUUCUUCUGUCCAAUGGGCUGGUCACGUUGAGGGUCAGGGUGCAGUUGUUUUGGGAACUAGAGCUGCUUGUUUUCCAGAAGGAGGCAAUAAGCAAAGUGACGCUAACUCAGACUUGGCCAUCUGGGGAUAUGAAUGUUUUGCAUAUGCAGUAGACAAACAAAAAGUGCUGCUGAAUGCUAAUUUUUUGCCUCAUGCUUAUGGCAGUGUGGUGCAUUGUGUGUAUGUUUGCAAAGCUGAGGUAAGAAGAAGCAGGUUUAAGACGUCGCUCGUUGCCGUUACUUGCAAAGGCCAGUUGAUUUUCUUUCAAGAUGGUUGGCCUAAAGAAGUUCUACAGCUUCCAUACAAAAAUCCUUUUUCAGUACAAAUAGCUGCGGUGGAUGGAGAUCGCCAUUUGGUGAUUGUGACAUUUGCUUCCGGGGAUGUAUGUGCUAUAUGGAAACAUAACUUACAGGUGGCUUCUUGCUGGAAAAAGGUGAAAUCUAUUCUGGUAGAUGAUUUUGCUGGUAUUGGAACUGAACAAAUACUAAUUUUUCUAAAAAGUGACUCUAUUUCAGAAGCACUAGGGGCAUUUCAAAUAACAGAUUUUGGAAAGAUUAAUUAUGAGAGUAACAUAAACGAUGAAAAUGACUUGUCUUCAGCUGAAGAGAUACAAGAGAAUCGCCUUCUUACUAUCAAAGCACUUGAAGCACGAUUACAGGCUGGUUUUGCAUCCGUUCGAGCACUUCAACAACAUUUACAACUCAAAGAAAAAGUUCUGAUGGAAAGCUGUCAUGCAUUAUUAGAUAUUGUUCAAGAUCAGAAACAAAGAUUUCCCAGGGUCAAAAAGGAAAAUCUUGUUUCUCUUUGGGAUGAAACAGAGGAAGCAUUUCAUAACGAUGCAUCAGCUCCAACUGGAGAUCAAGAACGAAUUGUAAAAGAGGUUUGGUAUCGUGUGGUGGAUGACCAGUUAAUAGUUGGAGUACAAGUCAUGGACACAUUUGACUUGCAACUCAGUGAUACCAGCUUAUCUCUGAUAAUGGGCCCGAAGCAUCAUUCCCUUUCUCCAACAAAAUGCCACUGUAAAGUGGUUACAGUGAAGAAAGCAAUGCUGGCAGAGCCUUUGUCAUAUUGGCACUUGGAACCAUUGCCUAAAAAAGUCAAGUUAAGUUGCCCUAAUGAAGAAGACAAGUGCAAUGGAGGAGAUUUUCAAGUGAAGAGGAAUGAGGCAAAAGCCUUUAUGGCAGUGACCCCCUUGUCCCCUUUCUUGGCAUGGCAUGAAAUAACUUGUGUGGUACUGCUUCAUGCAAAGAAGAAGAGUGGUGAGAGUGAAAACUGGCAGAAAAGCAAAAGAUUGACUUUGCUAUGUGGAGAUAUUUUACUAAGUCUAGUAGAGAUUUCUACUGGAAAGCAUUCAAUAAAUUUGAAAGAUGAUAAAUAUCCAGAUUCUACACAAGACCUUUUUGCACUCUGUGCAAUAUCACACAAAUCUUCUUUUCAAAUACUCUCCCCUGACUGCACAUUGCUUCCAGUAAACAAGUGGCUAUUGGAACAUAUGGAGUGUGCACCAAUCAAGGAAUAUCCUGAUUAUAUGAUCUGCUGGAAAUCUGGAAAUCUGAAUGGCACUCUUUUCAAGUGGAAUCUAAAAACACCAUUUGAAGGAUUUUUAACAGUAUUCUGCAGACAUCAAUUUGCCUUGUUCCAGUGUCUUCAUGCCUUCAUUGGAUUGCUACCACCAAUUUGCAAGAUAAAAUCACUGAAGUUAGGAAAUAAGAAUCUACUUGCUGAACAGCUUGGACUGACUUUAGUAAAAGAAUCAGAAUUUCUCCAACAUGUUUUCUCGUCAGCUCUAAGACAAACGGAAAAUAACUUUUCUCUGAAAAAUGACAAAAAUGAGGAAAACAGUAGUGUCUCUGCAGUGCAACUCUUCAAAGAAGCGUUUAUAAAGGAACAAAAGCAAAGUAUGCUGAGUAUGAACAGAACAGUGAGUGGCUCCUUAUACAGAAAGUAUAUUUUGAAUGUAAUUGAUUUGCAGAUGAAUUCUGAUAUGAUGUCAUGGCUAUGCUCUUCAUUUUGACUUUUUUUAUUAGCUAAAACUAUAAUGCAUGUAUAAUACAAUACAUUUAACUCUACAUUUAAUUGGUCUAUAAGAUAAAAAGCAAACCUGCUAGUGUUUUAAUCUAUUACAAGGAAAUUAUUUUGCAAAAUGUCCAGUGGCUGUGAGGAAAGGACUGUUGUUUGUCUAAGCAGAUAUACAUACAUACAUACAUGUUUCUCACAAUUCUGUAUUCACAUAUUAGUGCAUUCUGGAACAGCAUUAAAUCUUUAUAGGAGAGGGGGAGGAUAAAAUGAAGUGCUUGACUUGAUGCCAUUUACAGAUACAGGCUGGCAUAGUGGCACAUCCUGACAUUUGCUGUAUUCAACAUUGAGUUUUCUAAGAUGCCUUAUCUUGAAAAACUGCAGUGGAUAGUUGCAUUGGAGUGAGUGACAGGCACCCUGUCGCAAUGGAAUACUAAGAACAGCUAUCACUCGUUCACUUAAUUUUGUAUAAACAAAAUUUGUCACAGCAGGAAUGAUCCAUGAUUGCUUUAGACUCCGCAUCCAGGAUAAUUUUUUUCCAGUUAAUAUUCAAUAUGGAGUUUUUAUCUAUGAGUGCUGUGGGUGGCCACUGACAAUUAUAUUCAAGAUACUCUUGAAUAAUGUUGAACAAAUCUGAGAACCUGCUGCAGGAGUAAAUAAAACUAUUCUCUCAUUAAUGUGUUCUGUAUAGAAGUAUCUGUUGUAUUCAGUAUAAAUAUA